AUGCCGUCUCCAGCCGUCUCCCGACUCGACGCUUCGACCAUUGCUGGCUCUGACGGGCCAACAGCCACGGCAAACAUCGCAACGAGUACAAAUCCUAGUGAAAAUGCCAAUGCAACGGCUACAAACCAGAUCCAUCAAAAUCCUGCCCUCGUUCACAAAGAGUCUGCCGUGGCAAGCUCUGCCAACGUCAUCGAAGGUGCAAAGCAGUUAGCUGCAUUUACUGCCGUGGAUCAGCAUAUCUUGCCCCAUCACAAAGUCAUUGGUAUCGGUUCUGGAUCCACCGUUCCUUAUGUCGUCGAACGAAUUGUACAGCAAGGCAAAGAAGCCAACGCAGGCCGAGUCUUCAUCCCAACAGGAUUUCAAUCCAAGGAACUCAUUGUCAAAUCCGGACUCAUCCUCGGCGACGUCGACCAAUACCCCAAUAUCGACGUAACAAUUGACGGUGCGGACGAAGUGGAUGCAAAUCUGAAUUGCAUCAAGGGAGGUGGUGCAUGCCACUUGCGGGAAAAAGUACUCGCAGAGGCAGCAGAAACCUUCAUUGUCGUGGCGGAUUACCGGAAGAACUCACAGGUGCUCGGGACGAAUUGGAAACAAGGCGUCCCUAUUGAAGUUGCACCUUUUGCAUACGCCAAGUUGCUACAAAACGUUCACCGACUCGGUUCGGAAAAGGCAACUCUGCGCAUGGCGAAAGCCAAAGCCGGUCCCGUCGUAACAGAUAAUGGCAACUUUGUGAUUGACGCGCCGUUCGAGGAGAGUCGCUACAAGGAUCCAGGUUGGUCUCUUUGUCACAUGGCAAAGGCCGCAUACUUUGGAAACCAGGAUGGGAGCGUUACAAUCAAACAGGCGGAUGGACAGGAGGAAACCAUUCAAGCACAUUAA